AUGUUCAAUUUCGGCCGUUCGUUGUUCUGCCGGCCAACGUUCGCGCGCACAGUGAGAAAAAUGUGUCCCGCCGCGGCAUAUUCCAAAUCGAAUAAGUCGCCGACGUCGCUGCCGUCGCCGCCGCCGCCAACGUCGCCCAGCUACGUUGAAGCUUUAUAUACAAGUUGGUUGGAUGAUCCUAAUUCGGUGAACGCGUCGUGGAACGAGUUCUUUAAGAACUCCGACGCGAUGGAAGAUAAGGUCCCGGCGCGGAAUAUCGGUUCCGCCGCCGCCACCGCCGCCACCGCCGCCGUUCCCAAGAACCGGUCGACCGACAACCAACCCAUCUUAUUGUCGGUAAUCGGGGCGUACGUAAGCCGCGGACAUUUCGCCGCUAUGCUCGACCCUCUGGGCAGAUCCAAAGUGUUUACCGACCCUAAAUACCGGAUCGAAGCGCUGUACGGGGGCCGCGCGUCUCCGAUUAGUUCGGCCGAUUUGAACCAGACGUUUCCGUUACCUCCGGCAACGUCGAUCGGCGGCGAUAACCGCGACGGCGCCUUGCCGCUACGGGAAAUCGUCGAGCGCCUGGAACGGAUCUAUUGCCGUUCGGUGGGCGUGGAGUACGCGUUCAUCGACUCCGUCGAACAGAACCAGUGGAUCAAAGAACGCGUAGAAAUGCCGGGCGAAAUUUCUGCCCUAAACAACAUGGAAAAACGACGAUUAUUGACCAGUCUCGCAAAGUCUACGGGAUUCGAAUCGUACCUGGCUCGAAAAUGGUCGAGCGAAAAGCGAUUCGGCCUGGAGGGUUGUGAGGUACUCAUACCGGCUUUAAACGAAAUUCUAGACGAGUCGUCGUACUACGGCGUGGACACCGUGUUUCUCGGCAUGCCCCACCGCGGUCGACUCAACGUUCUAGCAAACGUGUGCCGUAAGCCGUUGCGUACCAUAUUUGCGCAGUUUCACGGUCUGAAAGCCGCGGACCACGGAUCCGGAGAUGUGAAAUACCACCUCGGGGCUCACGUCAAACAGACGAACGAGCGCACCGGCAAGCCGUUGACCGUGGCCCUGGUAGCCAACCCUUCGCACUUGGAAGCCGUCGACCCCGUAGUGCUCGGGAAAACGCGGGCCGAACAGUUUUACCGCGGCGAUUCGAACGGCGAUAAAGUCAUGUCUAUACUGCUGCACGGCGAUUCGUCCAUUUCGGGGCAAGGCGUCGUCUACGAGACGUUCAACAUGUCCGGUCUGCCCGAUUACACGGCUCACGGUACCGUUCACGUUGUCGUUAACAACCAGGUGGGUUUUACCGCCGAACCCAAAAUUUCGCGAACGUCGAAUUAUUGCACGGACGUCGCCAAAGUAAUAGGCGCACCGGUUUUUCACGUCAACGCCGACGAUCCCGAGGCGGUGAUUCGCGUAUGCAAAAUUGCAGCGAAAUGGCGGAAAACGUUCAAGAAAGACGUCGUUAUCGACCUGGUAUGCUACCGUAGAAACGGACACAACGAGGGCGACGAACCCAUGUUCACACAGCCAUUAAUGUACAAAAAGAUUCGUAGUAUCAUGCCCGUGUUCGAAAAGUUCAAAGAUAAGCUCGUCGUCGAAAACGUGGUCACUAGCGACGAAGCCAAAAAAGAAUCGGACGAAUACGAUCGAUUAUGCGAAGAAGAAUUUUCCGCUUCGCUAAAAGAAACGCAUGUGAAAUACGGAGAUUGGUUGGAUUCGCCGUGGCCGGGAUUUUUCAAGGAGACGACUAAUUUGAACGUCCCCAAAACCGGGGUUACAGAAGACAUACUUCUACACGUCGGCAACGUGUUCUCGUCGCUACCGUCCGCGGCGGGUGAUCAAAAGUUCGUUGUGCACAAAGGCAUCGAUCGAAUUUUCAAAGGCCGUCAGAAAAUGCUCGCGGACCGCGUGGUCGAUUGGGCUCUCGCAGAAGCGAUGGCGUUCGGUUCGUUAUUGAAAGACGGUACUCACGUUCGUUUGAGCGGUCAAGACUCCGAGAGAGGAACGUUUUCGCAUCGCCAUCAUGUACUUCACGAUCAAUUGGACGGCAAAACCUAUAGACCGCUGGCCAAUCUGUAUCCGAAACAAGCGGACUAUACGGUGUGUAACAGUUUCUUGUCGGAAUAUGCGGUGAUGGGUUUCGAACUGGGUUAUUCCAUUACGAACCCGAACGCUCUGGUGUGUUGGGAAGCCCAGUUCGGCGAUUUCAACAACACUGCCCAGUGUAUAAUCGACCAGUUCAUUAGUUCCGGCGAGUCCAAAUGGAUGCGACAGUCCGGAUUGGUGCUGUUGUUGCCUCACUCUUACGAAGGAAUGGGACCGGAACAUUCAUCAGCGAGACUCGAGCGGUUCUUGCAAAUGUGUUCGGAAGACGCGGACGUUUUGCCCGAAAAAAACGAACAUUCCGUCGUUAAACAGCUACAGGACACCAACUGGAUUAUAGCGAACUGUUCGACACCGGCCAACUACUUUCACAUAUUGCGCCGGCAAUUAGCGUUACCGUUCCGGAAACCGUUGGUCAUCAUGAGCCCGAAGUCGUUGUUACGCCAUCCCGACGCCAAGUCCGGCCUAGACGAGAUGACUUCGGACACGGGAUUUUUGCGCGUCAUCCCGGACAACGGCCCUGCGGCCAGUGACCCGUCCGGCGUCAAGCGCCUAAUAUUUUGUUCGGGGAAAGUGUACUACGAUCUGAUCAAAGCGCGGGAAGAACGGAAUUUGUCGGGCACCGUGGCCGUGUGUCGCGUAGAACAGAUAUCGCCGUUCCCGUUCGAUCUGAUCGGGGAGGAGUGCGACAAAUACCAAAACGCUGACAUCAUGUGGACUCAAGAGGAGCCCAAAAACAACGGCGCGUGGACCUAUGUGCAGCCAAGGUUCUAUACCGCCCUGAAAGGCGCAAAGACGAUAUCUUACGCCGGUAGACCGGCCGCCGCGUCGCCCGCGACUGGUAACAAAGUGCAGCACGCGGCAGAAAACCACAACAUUCUUAUCAAAUCGUUCGGCGGAAUUUAG